AUCGUGUGCAGUCAUUUUUUAUCUUUGAAUCAGUUAAUAUGAGAGCAUUACUUCUCAUUGUGCAAAUUUUGAACCUAUGCAGAUAUAUCUCUGCACAUGAUGAGGAAUACCUAGAGUUUCCAGAUGGAUUUUCAAUCGGUGUAGCCACCUCUGCUUUCCAAAUAGAGGGUGCAUGGAAUGCUAGUGGCAAGAAGGAAAAUAUAUGGGAUCAUCGGAUGCAUAAUAAUAUAGCGUUGAGUUUAGAUGGCGGAACAGCUGAUGUGGCGUGUGACUCUUAUCACAAAUAUAAAGAAGAUGUACAAUUAAUCAAGAACAUUGGUUUUAAUCAUUAUCGGUUCUCCAUAAGUUGGUCACGAGUUUUGCCAAAUGGCUCACCAGAUGAAAUUAACAAAGAUGGAAUCCAAUAUUAUACGAAUCUUAUAAACGAAUUGGUGAGCAAUGGAAUCAAACCUUUUGUGACACUCUAUCACUUUGAUGAUGUGCAAUCACUGAUUGCAAGAACAGGAGGGUGGUCAAAUGAAUCAAUGGUAGAAUAUUUUGCUGAUUAUGCCAGAGUCAUGUUCCGAGAACUUGGGUCUAAAGUUAAAUUCUGGUCUACGAUCAAUGAACCCGAUAUCUACUGCAAGUAUUAUGCUUAUCUGAAUGAAACUGCAGCCAACACAGCAUACCGGAAUCGCUAUCUUUGCGCACACAAUUUACUAAAAGCACAUGCACGUACUUAUCAUAUUUAUGAUGAGGAAUUCCGGGCAAUUCAAAAAGGCAAAAUUGGAUUGGCCGUUAAUAGUGGAUACUAUUUUCCGAAAUCGAAGGAUGAUACAGAAAGUGCGGACAUUGCAUUUGCUUUUGAAGGAGGAUGGAUACUGAAUCCGAUAUUCUCGACAAAUGGAGAUUAUCCAGAGGUAAUGAAGAGGAGGAUUGCAGAGAACAGCAAAGCGGAAGGAUUGACUCACUCCAGAUUACCAGAAUUUUCUCCUCAGUGGAUCGAUUACAUAAAGGGAACAUUUGAUUAUUUGGGUCUCAAUCAUUACGUGCCGGCGAUGAUCGAACCAGCGAAUAAGACUGCUGAUGGAAGAUGGUAUGAUGAUAUAGGUGUCAUUUACACGAAUCAUUCUAAAUGGAAAACUACUUCCAUGGGAUUUGGGGUGUACCCCAAAGGUAUAGGGGGGGUCUUGCGGAAGAUAACAAAAACGUUCAAUAAUCCCACAAUCUACAUUUUGGAAAAUGGCGCCAGCCUCCGGUCAGGCGUCAUUGAUGUGGAUAGAGUUGAAUAUUUUUAUUCAUACAUGAAGGAAGUGCUAUUGGCCAUUCGUGAUGGAUGUGAUGUCAGAGCAUAUACUGCAUGGAGUCUGUUGGAUAAUUUCCAAUGGUUCUGGGGAUAUUCGUUACGCUAUGGAAUCGUUUCCGUAGAUUUUAAAGAUUCUAACAGAAGAAGAACUCCGAAACUGUCUAGCUAUUGGUUAAAAACGGUUAUACACGAAAGAAAGUUACUGCCAUACAAUCAAAUCAUCUUGAAUAUUGUAAAAUUAGGUACCCCGAAGUACAUCAAUGGUGUUGCAGGUCAUUCGUCACAUGGUCAUUGUGCUAUUUCAGCGUGUCUUUCUUUCAUAUUUGUUUUAUCCAUUACACAUGGGAAUCUGAUAUGAGGUGAUUCAAGGAUGAUUUCAUAAUUGUAUUAUCCAAAACAAUAGAUUAUGUUAAAACAGAUGAUGUAUUUUCUAUGUAAACUAUGUAAUUUCAUCAUACCAGUAAAGUUGACCUCAUAUUCAUGGCCUUGUACUGCUUAACAAACGAAAGAUUAUAAAUGUUCGAUCUAGUAAUCAAUAAAUAAAGGUGUCAGAUAGCUUUACGGCCAGAAGGACAUAAUGUCAAUUGAA